AGAUACGUAUCUUAUGCCUCGGAUAUUUAGGGUAUAUAAUGCCCUGCGGCAAUGCGCAUUAUUAAUUCCAUUGUUCAGUCGGUGAUCAUCACAAUGAAAGUCUCCGUUUCGAUCUUGGCUUGGGUUACUUUGGCUUUGCUGCUGUGUGCAACACAGGCGCAGCAACCAAAUCCAGCCGCUGAUAUUGCAGGUGCUGCCCAGGGAGGCGUCUCCAUGGGUGCGUCAGCGCAUGGCGAAGCAGGUGCCGAGGGCGGUGCAGCGGGCAGCGAUGCACAGAGUGGCGUGAAAAUGGGCGCAGGAGCUGGAGCUGGUUCAGCAGCAGGUGCAGGGGGACGUUAAUUAGGUGAACGAAGGCGUCGAUGACGAUGACGAUGACUAUCGGCAUUUCCGUAGUAAAAAAUUGCAAUUUUUGGGUGGGUGUGUGAAAAGUCUCAUCAACGUUUGCCGCACGUAAUGUUCGUGAACCAAAUGAAAUUGCGGCAACACUUCAAUCGCUAACAACAACAGCAACCUUUUGGCAGCUUUAAUACCAUUUAAUGCCGUUUUAUGAAACGUUUCCCCAAAAACAAAAAGAAACACAAUCGACGCCGCCGUCGUCGUCAAAGUCAUCGUCGCCGCCAAUGCUGAUGCCAAUCGCAAAAACCGAAAUAGAAAAUUCAUCAGCAAUUUUGUUAUAAAUAUCAAGCAAAUUUCCACAUAAAUCAAAAGUGAUCAAUAAAAAACUACGGGAAAUCAUUGUGAAAUACUCGCAUGGCGCUUCAAAUUAUU